GCCCAAGCACCAACUCAUCUGUCUGCCUCUCUGUCUCUCCUGUUUUUCUUCUAUUCUUUUAUUCUUUGAGCACCCUGUAGUCCCCCCCUCCCUCCCCCUCCCUCUUCCCCUUAUAUUUCCCUCCCUCUCUUCUCCUCCCUUCCAGAAAACCCUUCUUGACGUGCCACUUUUUCUCUCCCCGUAAGCACUAAAACACACAUUUCUUCGUGAUAAAUAAAUAUAAGGUUUAGUUGAAUCGAAUUGGGUUGGAUUAUUGUGCGUCAAAUUUAAAUUUUUGCGCAGGGAUUUACUGAAAAAGAAUGACGUCAAUGAGCAACAAUAUUGCUGGGCAGUUUGGUGAUACCACACUGACCAAAGUGUUUGUUGGGGGGUUAGCAUGGGAGACACCAAAAGAUGCCAUGAGAGAACAUUUUGAAAAGUAUGGUGAGAUUUUGGAGGCUGUGAUUAUUUCUGAUAAAAUCACUGGUAGAUCCAAGGGCUAUGGAUUUGUUACGUUUAAGGAGGCUGAAUCGGCAAAGAAAGCUUGUGAGGAUGCUUCACCCAUCAUCAAUGGCCGCCGUGCCAACUGCAAUCUGGCUUCCCUUGGUGCACGCCGCCCUAGGUCUGCAACGCCGGCCCCUCCACAACAAGGACCUAACAUUAACGCUGGACCGAGGUCCACGCCAGCAGCGCCGGCAAAUCAUGUCCAGUGGUAUUAUCCGGCAGGGUCAGCUGCAGCAGCAUCGCCGUUUCAUCAUCAGCAUCACCAAGCCGUUCCCUUUUACGGGUAUUCUCCAGCUUACAUUGCCACCGAUACCAGUGGCAAUCAUAAAAAUAUUCGAGAGUCGAUCGUGACAACGUGUUGCUAUGAUGGUCCACAGAAGCUAAACUACACAGGCGGGUCCUACAUGAAUGGGCAUUUCUCUCAGGUGUAUCCAGGGCAAGCUAUGGUGGGUGCCAAUACAUUGAUGCCAAUGUACCCUUUUUAUCACUUCCAUCAAUCACAAGCUAUGGGCCUACCUGCUGCCCACAUCUUCCCACCAACAACAGCGGGUCCCAUGACAACCGUCCCCACUAUCAUGUCCAAACCACCGUCAAUUGCUCCUCCUAGUGCAGGUACAGGUGGCGCAAGUGAAAGCUUUAAAAGGGAUGGAUAAGAGAGGGGGCACUCAGUUGGCAAUAACAGAAGGAGAGGGGAGUAGCUGCAGAACAACAUUAUUAUCAGAUCUGCUGUGGUUCUUCUUUCCGCGGUUAUUUCUUAAGGAAAAAAGUAUUUAUGAUUCUUAGGUGUUUGAUAAGAUUCUUUCAUUCACUUUCUCUAUCUAACAUCUCAGCUUGAGCUGUGUGAACUAUUAGAACCAAAAAAAAAAAAAAAAAAAUUGUAAUUGAAGUUCGUCAUGUAUGUUUUGCCCAUAUCUUAUGGGUUACUUUUGAUGGAUUUCAAUUAACUUUUCUGCUUAAAAAGCCUGCAUCUUCUAAUAA